CCACGCCAGCACAAACACGCACAAGAGCACGACCUGACGGCUGGAAAUCACAUCCAGCGGCUCGAGCAGAAGUUUCUCCCGAGCUGUCACAUGCAACGUAGCCCUCCACCCUGCGCUGCGUCACGGAUUACCUGCAGGAUAUUUACCGCUCCCAGCGCAGCGCUUGCAUUUUGGGAUUACACACAAAGGGAUCUUUAAACAGCUGCUGUUGUUAGAACAAAACGGAUGUCAGUGUGGUGGUUAGAGAUGGGAGAGGGUCUGGGGCCUCUCUCCCCUGUAGGAUGGUAGCCGACAGCGCUGUGGAAGGCCAUGCCAAGACCCAGCUGUCAAGCUCGUCGUCGUCCUCAUCCUCAUCCUCAUCCUCAUCCUCAUCUUCCUUGUCCUCAUCAUCAUCACUGGCUAGGCACGAGGUCGCUCUCAGCCCUCGCCGCACAGAGUCGGAGCAGCUUCAGCGCCGCGCCGCUCCAGCUCCAAACCCGAGGUCGGUGUCCGUCCCCCCUUCGUACCUCACCCACUUCCCCACCUUCUCCUGCAAGGAGGACUGCAAGAUCAUCACAGACACAGCGGCCAAGCUCGAGCGCAGCGGCUUCUAUUGGGGGCCCCUGGGAGUGGAGGACGCCCAUCGCAUGCUGCGGGACGCCCCGCUGGGCAGCUUCCUCAUCCGGGACAGCCGUCAGAAAGACGUCUUCUUCACGUUGUCCUACCACGGCAAGAGCGGGCCGGUCAGCGUGCGCAUCGACUACAAGCGGCAAAAGUUCUCACUGGCGGGCAACGAGCGCUCCUUCCCGACACUCUUCACCCUCUUGGAGCAUUACACCAGUUCUCCCAAGAAGAGCCUGAGCAUCCCAUACAGGAAAUGGGAGCCAACGCUGCAGGAGCUGUGCAGGAAGCGCAUCAUGGGGUUGUGUGGUGGAGAAAGCCAGGUGCCAGAGCUGCCAGUCACCCAUGUUGUGCGAGACUUCCUGUUGGAAUUCCCUUACAAACUAUGACUAGCUUGCCAUUUAAAGUUUUGAUAGUAUUAUUUUUAGUUUCAAGAAGGCAGUUUUUACCAAGUGACAGUAAACAGGAGUGUUUGGUGAAGCCUGCCCAUCAUGUGUUGGAGGUUAAGACUGUAUCGCCAUGGCUCCAC